AUGGCCGACCCCCCGACCCGCUCACAUCCCCCGGAGGCUGGCGGGCUCACACUAUCCGACAUCAGCGCAGACAUCAGAGCUAUAGCUACCCAAAUGGUCACAAAAACCGACCUCCAAGUCCUUUCCGGCAACAUACACGCUUUGAUCCGCUUAGACGUAACAGCCCUGAGGACGGAAAUAAUAGCACAUGGCAGACUCCAGAACCUGGAGGAAACCACGCAAGUGAAUGCGGAGAGAGCAGUAACUACCAACACAGUGGUCAUUAGGCAGGGGAAUAUGCUGUUAGCCCUAUGGCGACAGAUGGAGGACCUGGAAAACAGGGGCCACCGGUCCAACAUCCGCGUGCGUGGACUCCCUGAGCCGCCUACAGAGGAGGAUGUGGAAGUCACACUGAAGGCCCUCUUCUGA